ACCCGCGCUGCCGGAAGGAGCAGUACGCUUCUUGGUUCCCCCGGAUUCAAGCGCUGGAGUCGCGAGCUGCAAUGGAGAGUUCUGAGGCUGACUCUGCGGAUGAUACUUCCAUGGACGCAUUCCUGGAUAAGUUCCAGAGCCAACCUUAUCGCGGCGGCUUCCGGGAGGACCAGUGGGAGGAGGAGUUUGACAAGAUCCCCCUAUUUAUGAAGAAAGCACCAUCAGAAAUAGAUCCCAAGGAGUUCCCUGACUUGGCUUGCCUUCAGUCAAUUAUUUUUGAUGAUGAGCGAUCUCCAGAAGAGCAAGCCAAGACCUAUAAGGAUGAAGGCAAUGACUACUUUAAAGAGAAAGACUAUAAGAAAGCUGUGGUUUCCUACACUGAAGGAUUAAAGAAGAAGUGUGCAGACCCUGAUUUGAAUGCUGUCCUUUAUACCAACCGGGCAGCAGCACAGUACUAUCUUGGCAAUUUUCGCUCUGCACUCAAUGAUGUGCUGGCUGCCAGGAAGCUAAAGCCCGGCCACCUGAAAGCCGUAGUAAGAGGUGCCAUGUGCCAUCUUGAACUGAAACACUUUGCUGAGGCUGUGAACUGGUGUGAUGAGGGGCUACAAAUUGAUGCCAAAGAGAAGAAGCUUCUAGAAGUGAGGGCAAAAGCAGACAAGUUGAAGAGGAUGGAAGAGAGGGAUCUGAGGAAAGCGAGGUUGAAAGAAAAGAAGGAACAGAGUCAGAAUGAGGCUCUACUCCAGGCCAUCCAGGCAAGGAACAUCAGACUUGUUUCUGAAGCGGUGGGUAAGGAUGAAGAUUCAGCCUCCGAUGGUCCAGCUGAGAUCUUCCUGGAUGGGCUCAGCUCAGAGAACCCUUGCAGAGCCAGGCUAAGUCUAGAUAACGAAGGCAGACUGAGCUGGCCUGUGCUGUUCCUGUACCCAGAGUAUGCACAGUCCGACUUCAUCUCUGCUUUUCAUGAGGACUCCAGGUUUAUUGACCAUCUCACGGUGAUGUUUAGUGAAGCUCCCUCCUGGGACUCAGAGCAGAAAUAUCACCCGGGUAACUUGGAGGUCUACUUUGAGGAUGAGGACAAGGCAGAGCUAUACCAGGUGUCCCCCUGGAGCACUCUGCUGCAGGUGCUGCAGCACCCCAGGUACUCUGUGAAAGCCCUUACACCAGCAUUCCUGGUCUGUGUAGGAUCCUCUCCUUUCUGUAAGAAUUAUCUCCAGGGGAAAAGGGUACACAGGUAAAGUGGGAGCCAGACCCUGGGAUCCUUCCCUCAACUUCCUCUGCCUGGAGUCUACACACUUGGAUCAGCCAGACAGAUCUAGAGUCAAGCACUUCUCUAUCCCCAGGGACAGUUCCUAGCCUCAGACUGGGGGAGAAGCUGCUGACCUCCCUGAACUGCAGCUUGUCUGGCUGAGUGCUGGGCUCCAGCUCCGCCCUGGUGAGAGCAUCCCUGGGGUCCAUCUCUGAAGGAGCAUCUGCUGCAGUUGCCAGACCAGCUGACCUCAGUGACUCCCUGGCCUAUAGACUGUCUCAGGGCCCAGCCAGUCUUAACCUUUGUGGCAUAGGGCAUAUAUGGAAUGCACUCCUCCAAGGCAGUAACCAACCCUGCAUAGUAUUCUAAGGCUGUAGGGCUGAGACUGGUCCAGUUAUCUCACCAAAAUGGAGGAGAGCUACAAGGGAUGCUGCAGACGCCAUGAGGUGAAUGGAGCCACGAAGCCACAUCUUGUUUCUGCGUUAAUGACUGCACAAACUGGGAUCCUCAGGAUGUCUCAGAAGUCUACCAGUUCCCCUGACCUCCCAGUGUGAGAACUGCAACAGACCAGCAGCCCGAAUGCUUCCCCAGUUCCUCAGCUCCAGUUAUGCUCCGGCCCAGUAGCAGAAUGCUGGGUUAGGUUGUGCACCUCUGUGCCUGGCCAGGGUUUUAUGCCUUUUGAUCUGGAAAGUCUUUGUCUGUUGUA